CGACGAUGCCUACGUUUAUAUAACGGCGAACGUCGAAAGUGCGAUCAUUGAAACGUCGAACGGCUUACUGACAACACAAUUAAUUAUACAAUAAAAAAAAAUGAAGAGUUUUAUUUUUGUUUUGGUGAUUUUUGCGUACGCAGCCGCAUAUGCUCAAGGUGGAUCGGAAACGUGUCCCAAAGAAAACUGUAUUAAACCUGAACAAUGUGAAGAACCUGUGAGGGGUAAUAUUAUUUGUGGAGAUGACACAGUUUGCUGUUCAAUUGUCAAAAAUGAAUUUCGUACACAUUGCAGACAUCACGGUGGUGAGUGUAUGUCAGGGUGCGCCGAGAGCUUACAAUAUUCUGUAGUAGAUUGUAGCCAAGAUACAUUUUGUUGUGUCCUAGUAUAGUAAUAACUUGAUAAUAUUUAAAUAAACGAUAAAAUUUCCUUAUAAUAAUCAAUAAUAAAAGUACUAUGAUGUGGUUUUAUAAAUUUUCGAUUGACAGUAAAGUAAAUAAAGCAAACUGUCAUCUUACGUUAUUUACUUCCCCUGUCUCCUUAUGAAAUAAAUUUAAAGUUAUCAAGCUUCGCUGUAUA